CUCGUUCCACCAUUCAUAUCCGUUCGUGUCACGUCAGUGCUGGGAAAAAAGGACUUGUAAUUGCAGCGAUGUCAGUUCAGGUUGUGGCAACGAAAAUGGCCGAGGUCGAAUUAAAAGACGUCCCAAGCAAAGACUUGUCUCCUAUCUCGCCCCUCGCAUCUAAGUCGGACGAGAAAGACGGCACCAAAACCGAGCCCUGUGCGGCUGUGUCCUCGGCUACGUCUCCAACCGCGGAGCCCACUGUGAGGGCAGACUCAAGCCCGAACCCCACGAAGAUGCCGCAGGCUUCAGCAAUGAAGCGUCCUGACCAGCAACAAAACGGUGGCGAGGCUUUUGUGAACCAAGACGGUACUGUUGCUGAAGCCCCGAGGAUGAAAAAGCAGAUCCAGUUUGCUGACCAGAAGCAAGAAUUUAACAAACGUCCAUCAAAGAUCGGACGCCGCUCUCUGUCUCGCUCCAUCUCCCAGUCAUCUACAGACAGCUACAGCUCAGCUGCAUCCUACACAGACAGCUCGGAUGAUGAGACGUCUCCUCGUGAUAAACAGCAGAAGAACUCCAAAGGCAGCGCAGACUUCUGCAUCAAGAACAUCAAGCAGGCCGACUUCGGACGCAGGGAAAUCGAGAUCGCUGAGCAAGAGAUGCCAGCUCUGAUGGCCCUGAGGAAACGUGCUCAAGGAGAAAAGCCUCUAGCUGGAGCCAAAAUAGUGGGGUGUACACACAUCACCGCUCAGACUGCUGUCCUGAUGGAGACGCUCUCUGCUCUGGGAGCUCAGUGCCGCUGGGCUGCUUGUAAUAUCUACUCCACUCAGAAUGAGGUGGCAGCAGCACUCGCCGAGGGAGGUUUUUCUGUGUUUGCCUGGAAGGGGGAAUCAGAGGAUGAUUUCUGGUGGUGUAUUGACCGCUGUGUAAACCUGGAAGGCUGGCAGCCCAACAUGAUUCUGGAUGACGGUGGUGACCUGACCCACUGGAUCUAUAAGAAGUACCCCAACAUGUUCAAGAAGAUCAAAGGCAUCGUGGAGGAGAGCGUCACAGGGGUGCACAGACUGUACCAGUUGUCCAAGGCGGGGAAGCUGUGUGUUCCUGCCAUGAACGUUAACGACUCGGUGACCAAACAGAAGUUUGACAACCUCUACUGCUGCCGAGAGUCCAUUCUGGAUGGGUUGAAGAGAACCACUGAUGUCAUGUUUGGAGGAAAGCAGGUGGUGGUGUGUGGAUAUGGAGAGGUAGGGAAAGGCUGCAGUGCGGCGCUGAAGGCCAUGGGCUCCAUCGUCUAUGUGACAGAAAUCGACCCCAUCUGUGCCCUGCAGGCCUGUAUGGAUGGAUUCCGAUUGGUCAAACUCAGCGAAGUCAUCCGACAAGUGGACAUUGUCAUAACUUGCACAGGCAAUAAGAAUGUGGUGGUGAGGGACUAUCUGGACCGCAUGAAGAACGGCUGCAUUGUGUGCAAUAUGGGCCACUCCAACACUGAGAUCGACGUGGCAAGCCUUCGGACCCCUGAGCUGACUUGGGAGCGUGUGAGAUCUCAGGUGGAUCAUGUCAUCUGGCCUGAUGGCAAGAGGAUAGUGCUGCUGGCAGAGGGUCGCCUCCUCAACCUCAGCUGCUCCACUGUGCCCACCUUUGUGUUGUCCAUCACUGCCACAACCCAGGCUCUGGCUCUGAUUGAGCUCUACAAUGCUCCUGAGGGACGAUACAAGCAGGACGUCUACCUGCUGCCCAAGAAGAUGGAUGAGUAUGUUGCCAGCCUGCACCUGCCCACAUUUGAUGCCCAUCUGACUGAGCUGACUGACGAACAGGCCAAAUAUCUGGGCCUCAACAAGAACGGACCCUUCAAGCCAAACUACUACAGGUAUUAGAGGUGGAGGAGCGUGGAGUGGAGGAUGAAGAAGUGAAGCGGAAUGGAGGGGAGAUGAGCAAGGGGGUGCCAUGUGGGUUCGGGAGAAGAACCUUCUAUUUAUUAAAUCUGCCCCACUCGUCUCCUUGGAGAUUUUACCCAUGAUCCUCUGCUGCCCCACUCAUCUCCAUGGAGAUUUUACCCAUGAUCCUCUGCUGCCCCACUCGUCUCCAUGGAGAUUUUACCCAUGAUCCUCUUAGCCCAUGUGUCUGCUAUGUGUCCCUCUAGCACUCAUGGUUGAGUGUAUCCUUAACGUGACAAAACACACACACACACACAUACACACACACCUCUAGCACUCAUGGUUGAGUGCAUCCUUAAUGUGACAAAACACACAUGCAUACAAAUUCACAUAUACACACUCGUGCACACACACAUACGUAUACAUAUACACAUAUACACACUCGAACACACACUCGAACACACACACUCACACGCUCUCACACACACAUUAGUUAACAUGACGACACAAUGUUUUUAUUUUCCUCAGUUGGACACACACUCUCACAUACACACUAAUUACCAUGACAACCCAAUGUUUUUACUCUGUGGGUUUUUUGUUUGUGAUUAUUUUGUUCUUUUUACUGAAUUGUUGUGUUGGGAAGGAAAUAUAGCCUGGGGCCAAUCAUAUCUCGCUCGUCAUCACAUGAUCUAAAUCAUCCAGUGUUUGUUUUUAUGAUCGUUGUUACGUGGGGGGGGGGGGGGGGGGGGGUACUGCUGUUGUUGCCGGGUAACUGAGCCCUGAGUCGUACAGGAAGAGGAGGAGUUUCAGCUCACUGCUGAUUGGACCAUCACUCCUCUCACUGCCUGCAUCACUUGUCACUCAAACUGGACGCUAUCAUCUCAUUGGGCGAGCAGUUAUGCAUCAGUUCUUAGGUGUUCAUUUCCCAUGAUGCAUUUGGUUUGUGUGGUGUAGUCUCCUCCUCUCCGCCCCCUUAACAGUAGUGUGUUGUCCAGACUCCGCCUCCCUGAGGGGAGCGUAUUUACAUAUUUAUAUAGAGAUGAGGAUUUUUCUAUCGUUUCCUUCUGCCAUGCGAAUCUGUUCUUUUUCAGAGAAAUCAUCUGUCCUACGAGAAGCAAUGAAAUGAAAUGUUUUAUGAUGCUAAAUGUCAAAUUAAAAUCCUGAAACCUGUA